CGUUGUCGCGACUCUCUCCGGCGAGCCAGUGUUCGGUCAGCUCGCGCUGAAGCGGACAGUUCCAGAACCAGAACCCGGAGCGGAACCAGCAUGGAUGAUAAAGCCGCGGUUCUGCACGCGGACACGGCGGAGGACGUGGCAACCUCCUCCAGUUUCCGACGGUUCCGAAUAGAGCACUUCCACCUGGACCUGCAGGUGGACUUCGACCAGAGGAGCCUCUCCGGAACCGAGUUUCUGCGGGUCCGCUGCGCGCGGGGCUCCGCCGCCGAGCUGCUCCUGGACUCCCACCCCAGCCUGGAGCUGCACGAGGUCUCCUUCAGCCGGGACGAGCGGGACUGGACCGCUGCCCAGUUCCACAGCCGUGACUUCACCAGCUACGGGUCCACGCUGGUGGUCCAGUUCCCCACCGCCUGGAGCUCAGGAGACCAGUUCCACCUUUCCAUCAAAUACACAGCCCACCAGGGACCGGGGGUAUGCUGGCUGGACCCGGAGCAGACGGCUGGGAAGCUCCGGCCGUACGUGUUCACUCAGGGCCAGGCCGUCCUCAACCGGUCAUUCUUCCCCUGCUUCGACACUCCAGCCGUAAAGAGCACAUACACCGCCGCCAUCAAGGUGCCUGAUGGCUUUACUGCAGUUAUGAGUGCCACCAAGUGGGAGCACAGGAAAGCAGAUAACACCUUCCUCUUCAGCAUGGAGCAGCCCAUACCUGCCUACCUGGUGGCACUGGCAGUCGGGGACCUGGUAUCAGCUGAAGUGGGUCCAAGGUCACGGGUGUGGACAGAGCCGUGCUUAUUGGAAGCUGCCAAGAAAGAGUACGAUGGUGUGAUCGAGGAGUUUCUUCUGGUAGGAGAGAGGCUGUUUGGGCCAUACGUUUGGGGAAGGUAUGAUGUGCUGUUCAUGCCACCGUCAUUCCCAUUCGGCGGGAUGGAGAACCCCUGCCUGACCUUCGUCACUCCGUGCCUGCUGGCGGGUGACCGAUCACUCGCUGACGUCAUCAUCCAUGAGAUCUGCCACAGCUGGUUCGGAAACCUCGUCACCAACGCCAAUUGGGGGGAUUUCUGGCUUAACGAGGGCUUCACCAUGUACGCCCAGCGCAGAAUCUGUAAAGAACUGUACGGCGAGGCGUAUACCUGUCUGGAAGCAGCUACAGGCCGAGCGUUACUCAGACAGCACAUGGACAACACCGGAGAAGACCAUCCUCUCAACAAACUGCGGGUCGAGAUCAAACCGGGUGUUGAUCCUGACGACACAUAUAACGAGACACCGUACGAGAAAGGCUUCUGCUUCGUAUCAUAUCUGGCCCACCUGACAGGAGACCAGAAACGCUUUGAUGCUUUUCUCAAGGCGUAUGUGGACAGGUUUAAGUUCCGCAGUGUGAUCGCUGAGGAUGCUCUGGAGUUCUUCCUGGAGUUUUUCCCUGACCUGAAGAAGAACAGCGUCCACAAGAUUGAAGGUUUGGAGUUUGAUAGCUGGCUGAACGUUUCUGGAUGGCCUCUGUACCUCCCGGACCUCUCUGCCGGACAGAGCCUGAUGAAGCCUGCUGACCAGCUGGCUGACCUCUGGGGGGCGGACAGCGUCGACAUCGCCGCCAUCAGCAAGAUCAAUACAGAAGCCUGGAAGACCUACCAAACUGUUUACUUCCUGGACAAGAUAAUAGAGAAGUCUCCACUUCCUGAUGGUAAUACCAGAAUGCUAGAAGAACAGUACCCACACAUGGUGAAGUCCAAUAACGCUGAGUUAAGACUACGCUGGGCCCAGAUUGUUGCGAAGAACCAACACAAACCUGGAUACCCACACGUUCGCAGUUUCCUCAGCUGUCAGGGGAAACAGAAGUACACGUUACCAGUGUAUCGGGCUCUGUGGAGCGGAACAGAGGAGAUGAAGGCUUUGGCUACAGAGAUCUUCUCUGCUACUUCCCAUCAGCUCCACAUAAACGUCCGAAAUUACGUGAAGAAGAUAAUGGUCUGACCCUUUGAUAUAGCAAGCAGAUCCUGUUAAUCAUUAUUUUAAAUAAAUUUAAAUAAUUUUGUGAGACACCUGUAAAAUAUUUGAUUGAUUUGAUUUUAAUUUAAUUAGAUCUGUUCAUACUAAUUAUAAGGUGCUAAUAAUGGAUUAUAAGGGAUGAGGCAGUUUGUUUUCCUAAUUUAUCUUAAAGUAGAUUUUUCUAAAUUAAAAUGUCUGACUUGUGCUGCAAAAUUUUGGGGAAAAAAACAAUCAAGGUAUUUCUCUAAUGAC